UGUCGGCUGUCAGCUGUGACAGCCUGCUGUCAAUCAAAAUCAGCUGUUUCUUCAACAAAUUCUGGCUAAACUGGCUUCCGAAUUUUGUGCGAAUUUCUUCUCCGCAUUUCAAUUUCAAUUCAAGCCAAGCACAUAUUUAAAACUAUAUCUUUCUUAUUAGCUUUCUUUGUAAUAUCUAAUUUAUUCGAGUGACUAAACCAGACUAUAACCUAAAACCGUUCGAAAGUUUACGUUUUUAUUCCCAGUAUGAGCACUAACGAAAUAUCCCCUGUAGAUUUUACAAAGGAUCUGGAAGUGGAGGACGGGAAGACCAAGCUUCGGAAAUGGUUGAACAUGAACUUUCGGAUCGAGAUGACAGACGGCCGGGUCCUCAUUGGAGUGUUCCUGUGCACAGACAGAGAUGCGAAUGUUAUUUUAGGCGCCUGCUCCGAGUACUUAAAGGGCAACGAGGGCGAGGCCGAAGAACCGCGCGUGCUAGGCCUAGUCAUGGUGCCAGGCCGCCACAUCGUGUCCAUCCAGAUCGACGACACCGCUCCCCCGCAGAAGUACUACUACGACGAGUGAUCCGAGGCACAGUGUAUGGUGGAGAAUGUGACGGGUAUUGUGUUGGAGCUGUGAAUUGUUUACGUUGUUGUUUGGCAUUUGAAAUUGGGAUAUUUAUGGUCUGGAUAAUUCCAAAGGCAAUGGGAAUAUAAUUUCCUCCCAUAUCCCAUCUACACACUGGCAGGACACACAACAUCAGUAUCAGACCACUAAACAGUUUGAUCUGAUUUUAGUUAUUCUUGACAUAAAGAUCUUGUUUUCCUUGGCCUUGCUUAUCAAAAGUUGACUAUUUCAAGAAUACAUUUCCCUAUUUGUAUGUAUGAAGCCUGACGCUCUCUGUAAAAUUAUCACUGAUAGUAGUAAGUUCAUGAUAAAAUAAUUUUAAAAUACCUUCAGUUUUUUAUGCCAAACAACAAUUUAUUAUGUGUCUGAAGAAAAGAUCCACUGAUGUGUGUGCAAAAGACAAUCAUUUCAUGAGUUUUUUGGUAUAUUUUUGUAAAUAGUUAUUUAAGGUAUUAUUUAAAUCUACAAUAAAAUGAUGUGAAUUAAA